GCCUUCACUUGAUAGGGAAGGUGACGCCAUAUGUAGCUGUGCCACGACCCAAACUAAGUUUAAGUACCGAAAGUUCUACUAAGUGGAGGUAUUUUAUUCCCGACUUUGAUGUUGUCGCUUGUCCCCGUCAAAAAACUCUAUCUUUUCCCCGAGCCAUCCGCGGAAUUUCUAGAAAGAAAAAGUACGGCAAUACGUACCCCAUCACCAGCUUUAUUCCUAGUUCAGAAGUUUCUGAGCAAACGAAGCUUCCUGUAAGCAAAGGAACGAUCUCAUUUAUAGUGUAGCAUAGGACGAAGUAAAAUAAAGGAGGAGCGAGACAAGUUCAAAUCUGAUUUGAUUAAUUUACCCUAUCAAGCAAAAUGCUGCACAACAUCCGCGCGCCGGAUGUGCAGCACCUUUUCGACCGGCUCGCCGAGAAGUACUCCGAAAAGCUGGCGAAGAAGAAGCUGAACGCACUCUGCGUGCAGGCUGCUAUGGGAUUCUCCAUUGUUACACUCUCAACUGUUCUUACAUGAAUUUGUGAUGCAAGAAUGGCAACAGGGAAAGGCCGGAUCUUGCAACUCCUGCAAUGCAAAUUCAGCACAGAUUCUCAUCCUGUUUAGCCCUUCCAAAAUUUGUCAUGCGAAGUAGCUUCAUUUUGUGGACGUUGAUGCUCGUUUUGCAUAACAAAUCAUGUAAACAGUUGAGAAUGUAACAUUUGAGAACCCCAUAGCGGCUAUGGUGUGCUUUGAGAAGAAACAAAGAGAGGACGAGCGGCAGCUGCGAGUCGUCGCGAGGACCGACGUUCCCAAUAACGUUGCGACGACAACUGCGCCGCCCUCGGGCGGUAAUGCCGCAAUUUCUGACACGCUGGGACUACAAGCAGGGCAAGCUACGCGUACGCUGGGACGGUCCUAUCAGAUGGAAAUAAAUGUACCAGCUCUUCAUAUGGCAAUCCGUCAUGCAGUCGUCGUAGACGAUCGUCUUAAGACGGCACGAAAUGGAAUUUGUCAUGGCAAUAGGCAUAAUACCUGCAUAACAAAAACAAAUUGACAUUGCAGGAGCUGGUCAUAAUCAAUUUCACAAAGCAUAGACAGCCGGAAGCCCCCAGCAGUUCCAGUUCUAGUUCGUCCAGCAACCCACCCCUCGUGUCUGGUCAAGGCCACCAGCUGGCUGAAGCAAGUCUCGUCCCGGCGGCGAUGACAGCUACGUCUGCGCCGGCCGAUGCAGCACGACGAGGCGCUCAUUCCGUUGCAGUAUCAAAACGAAAAAUCCCCCCUCCCCAUAUCGAAAACGAAAUUUGUGAUGCUGUAUUUGAGGGCAAAAAUCGCUUUGCAGUGCUAAAAGGCCACGAGAGGCAGCUCCGGAUUCGUUUGCAGGCAAUUUGUCAUGCUGCUAUCCACUUCCACUCGUUUUCUUUUCUGUCAUGAUGAAGGCGCAAGGCUUUCCCACGCCAGCCAGCAUUACACUCCGCAUACGCAUCUCUUUGCUUCUAGCAUGAGAAAGCUGAUUUGUGCCCACAAAUCUGCGUCACAGAUUUCGGUUUUGAUAUGGGGAGGGGAGAUUUUUCUUCUUGAUAUGCAGGUGCAUCGAGUUCUGCGGAACGCGGACCAGUCCAAGGAAGUGAUCAUGAGCACGACACGAGCAGCGCAUUGAACUUGCAACAGAGCGUAGAAGUUCCGGAGUUGUUUACGCACGGGGAACAAAGAGAAACAAGUGUGGCGGCAUCUGCAGUUGCUAGUGCACAAGAACAACCAACAUUUUUGCUACCACCGACGAGGGCUGACGAGGACCGACGUGGUGUGGCCGCAGCGACGACGCAGGAAAAGAUCGGUAUUUGAUAAGGAAAAAUGUGUUCUAGAAGUUUAACGAUUUUGAUAUCCAAGUUUUGCAUCACAAGCGAGUUUCUCUGUAUAGUACAACCUCCCGACCCCGAGAUGAGAAUGAGAACCUGUAAUGCGUUUCUUCUAGUAAUGGGCAGUUUAGGUAGUUAGAAGUCCAGAUCCACCGUGUUCAUUCAAAGUGAGUGGUAUACCGUCUGCAUGCAUCACAAGUUUACCAAAUCAAAUGAAUUUUUUUUCUCGACAGGUGCAGCUUCUUCCUUGAGUUCCUCGUCCGCGCGUGUUAUUGCAAAUCACCAACGCGAUCUAUGCAUUGGAAAAGUAUCGCACUCGUUCUCGUACUAAUCGCAGUCAUGCAUUACAAAGUUCUUUCUCAAGGAGAAUCCGCAUGACGAAUUUCAUUUUUCAUGCGGAUAAAAUUUAUUGUCGUACGUGUUUCAUACGCGUCGUGCGAUACUUUGUUUUGCACAGGAUACGGUUUCCGGGCGGUCGGUUCUGCCUUUCAACCACCUGACGCAGGAACAUCCACUACGUCGGGCUCCGUGGCUUCGCCAAGAAGACGGUCUGGUGCUGUGGAAAAUCCUCAAGCUGGUGGUGGAACGACGUCGGUGAAUGGUGGUAGAAGUGCAGAUGAAGGAACAGAUAGCAGAGCUGCUACCCUCUGCAAUGGUAAUACUUAUUCAUAUCGUACGUCUUGCAUAACACGCAUGACAAAUAGAAGUUUCAGCUUUUCGUUUCCUUGUGGAAAAAUUACGCAGAAAUUUGUGCUGCCAUGAUGCUGCUGCUAAGAAUUGGUACGAUAUAUUAAUCACAUUUGCUACUUUUGCAUUGCAUAGUCACUGGGCAACAGAAUAACCCGGAAACCGUCCAGCGGGCGUUUCCGGUCCCCGUCCCCGACGAGAUUGGGCGCUUGAUUUACCGCUUCAUGCCGGACCCUCCGGUGUACACAAAACGCGAUAAGCGCUUGCAGUAUGGCUUGCUCAGAUGUUACAAUCUUUAGCGUUGCAACAGAAUUUGGGGUUUGUCUUGCAUAGAGAGCACGAGGAACAUGCAGAGCUCUGCGCUUUUCGCAAUACAAAUUUCGCCAGAUUCUCAUUGGGGUUCAAGCUCCGUAACUUGUCAUGCGCAAUACCGUGACAGUAGACUAAACAGCGCACUUUUAGCAGCAUUGCUCUUGUAACGUUUCAGAUUGUAACAGCUGUUGAGCAGGUCAUAUGCAGGCUCAUGAAGUUUUGGGGUUGUGUGUGAAGGACAAGACCACUUCCUGGUACCCCAAAAUCAAGUCCUACAAGACCCGGACUUUUCGGGAUCCCAUGCAACAGCAGAACUUUUUAUGGACACGUCGUGGCAGAGUUCGAGUUGGAUUUCGGUUUGCCCAGCUCGAGGUGGAUUUCGGUCCCGAGGAGGGGGACGAGCCAAAGCUCUUCAACUUCCGAGAAUUGUGCUGCACCUUGGCAGGAAAAACGCUCGUGAGUGAUGUCGAUGCGCACUGGCGGUCCUACUUCACGGUCGAUCUGCAAAACGGCGUGAGAUUGCGGCUUCAGGGCGCUUUGCCGUUCCCCAACAUGCAGCUGGAAAUAGUGUUUCGCUUCCCGGCAACGAACGAUCCAUGGCUGACGUGGCAGCUGGACGACGCGCUGACGUUGUGGGACCCAGAUAAUUUUGCAUUCAACGUUUGGGAAACUAAUCUCGCGGCUGUCCUGGUGGACCCUGACGCGUGGGCGUCACGAUUUGGCGGUUCCUACGGCGACAAGUGUCCCAGAACCGGUCACUCAUCGCCGAUGGUUGCGGUGGAGCGCUGCCAACUUCUUUUUCGACGCCCCUGUGAUAACCAGCGAUUAUAUCGCGAGCACGAACGCAGCGAGGACGAGGACGCUGACGAAACCGAUGAAGAGUCUCCCUCAGGUAUUACCCAAAUGACGCAGGCGCUCCGCUCAGCCGAAAUUCCCGAACGACACCCGGCACUCGACGCGCUUUACGCACUAGCAGGAGAGGACAUGAGCCAGAAGGGCUUGCGAGAGGAAUACUUCGAACGCUUCGCCCGGGACGUCACUUCCGCGACGCCGGGAUUCCCGAAGAGAUUCGGCCGCGCCAAACAAAACCCCGUCCCUGAACAUCUUGAGUUGCUGUUUCCAAAAUUGGGCCGCAAAAAGGCAGAGCACUUCUUUCGCACGGGGGAUCCGUCCGGCAUUCCCGCCACGCUGCUCUCGGUGAUGGACGUCGUUGAGCAUCCUCUUCCCUUGCGCGUGUGGAUCGGAGACAGGUUUCUUUCUCCAAAAAUCACUUCAUACUGGACGGACCCGAACGCCAUCGUCGGCAAACCGGCACUCAUCGUCAAUUUCGUGGAUCCGGCAGAUGAGGAAUCCGUCACCCGCUGUACGGCACAAGACCUCUACCACGUCGGGCAGGACCGGAACACUUGCCGGAUCGCAGGGGUAGCCGAGAAGACUUGCCUCUUGAGCAUGAAGAUCGCAGGGUUAGUCGAGAACAUUGAGUAUGAUACUUCCCACUGCGUUGAUCUGCAGUGCGGGCUUUCCGUGCGGUUCGCAGCAAACUUCUCGACGAGGUACGUAAUAUUGCAGGAUAUAUUGAAGGAUCUGGACGAAAUGAAAGGCAAGGUCGGCCUCGGCGUGCAACUCCUGCUCCGCGUCGAGAAGGACGACCCUUUGAAUUUCCACAUCGACAACGAAUUGGACGCAAAGGACGUUUGGAAAAAAAGCACUGCUGAUUGGGUCGAGGACAUGCCGAGGCAUUUCCCCUGUACUGUCGAGCAAUAUCAAGUUUUUUUUUCCAUGGAAACCUGGGAUCCCGCCACCGAUCCGAUGAUGCAGCAGCGCGUUCUGAAAAAGCUCCACGCAGCACCAGUCCCCGCGCUUUCCUGCGGCGCGACCGCUGCCUUCGCACUCGCCUGGCCGGAUGUUAGUCUUUCUUCUUUCACUUACCACCGUGAAAACAUCUUCGGAGACUUUGUGCAAGAUCUGGGCACCUCCAAGAGCGGGUUCCCGAAAAAAUUUGGGCACGCGCAGCAAAAUCUUGUCCCCGCCCAUAUCGACGUUUUGUUUCCAAAAUUGACCCGGGACCGCGCGGAAUCGUUCUUUCGCACCGGAAGCAUAUGCUCCGAAAUUCCGCACAGCUUAAUCCGGGCCCUGGACCAAGUGGACCCAACGCAUCUCGACGGCCUGUCGUUUCAGCUGAGCCGCGAAGUAGAUUCUGAGCAAGGAAAUUUUAGUUGGUCCCCCGACUCGGAGUUCUUGCCGGAGGUGAUCCGCAUAGAAGAAUGCUUUCCGCGACAUGACUACAUGGUGCGCGGUUGCGACGGAAGUUUGCUGAUAGCGUUUUUGAAAACGAACUGGAGCAGCGAAGCAACAAAGUGUUUCCGCGAAGGGCGCAUGGGGAGGCCAUUGUGCUUUCUGGGUGGAAAACGAGAACUGUCGCUCGUCCAGGAACAGAACACGAGGUUCACCAGCGAAGCUUCAUCUUCCGUGGCUGGGGGCGACAACGCCGGUAGCAGCUACAGCGCGUUGCGACUGCUUUUCGCGACCGAAAAUGGGGACGAGCCCGCCCUCUCUGUGACGGCACUGUGCGGUGGAUCUAACGGCACCGCCCUCAGCGACGUCUUCGUGUAUUGUCCACCACAAUCGUGUACACCAGUCAGGUAUGAGCCGCAGUAGUUACGUCUGGGUCUGGAAAGAUUCGAUUUUGUGAUGCUCUCCGUCAGGCGCACAGAAAUCUGUCAUGCCUGAGUAGGACAUAAAGCUGACGAAUCUUGUGGGCCACACGAAGAAAAAAGGGUUUCUUAUGCAGAAUACGUAUUGCAAACACAACGUCAAUAUUGCAGAGCCUGUAGAAGUACUGAGGUGCUCUGCAUUCCAGAUCUUCUGGGCCCUGCAAAGGAACCCGCAUGACAAACUUCGGCACUUUUCCAGACCCAAACAUAUUUGCACCCGAUAUCAGGGUAGCGCUGGUGGAGGCGAAGAUCAAUUCUGCCGACGGGGUACUACGCCACGAAAAAUCACAGACGCACUUAAUUUGUGAUGCACAACACGCAAGAUCGAGAUUGUGAUUGUGUUGAAAUUUGUAUAGGCAAAUACCAAUUUCAAACAACCAAACUUUGCCCAAACAUUGAAUGUCUGCUGAUUUGGAUUCGCAUCACAAAUUAGAGGGUUGAGGUGAGGUUUUGCAGGAUACGGGAAUGGGAAUUGCGGGAAAGCAAAGCAGGCGUUCACCGAGGAUGGCGGAUACGAGCGGAAUUUAAAAGCACUGUGCCGGCUACACAAAGUGCACCCGCCAUUUCUUUGUGCUGGAUUUCCUCUCCGAGAUGAAGACGCAUCGUAUUUUGCAACGGCUUCUGCUAAAGAGAAGGGUCGGUGCGAGAAGGCAUUGGAGUUUAUGGGAGUCGGAAGGGAGUUUUGGACGGAGGACACCACGACGAGCGGGGAGGAGAAAAAAUAAAUGAGACUCGUGUCAGCGAUAUGAAAGAGCAUUUUUCCCCCUUUCCCUCAUUUGUAUUGCAUGAACAGCAACACAAGGACAAGCGCUGGCCAAGAUGCAGCUUUUGCAUGACAAAUUCCUAGAGGAUUGUAGUGCUGUUUUGGCUUUCGGAAGCUGUCAUGCAAAAAGUGCUAAGAGGCAAAAGGUAGACUUGGGAUUUUGCAUGACAAGUGAGGGGAUGGGGAGUUGCGCACUUUCAUAAGCGACUACUCUGUGAUAUUUCCGCGGAUGCAGCAGGGGUGAUUGGCUUUGGCCGAGAAGUAGCCGUGGGGAGCGCAACUUUUACAAUCAUUUUUACUUCAUUCCAAUUUUGACCAAACCCGUGCAACAGUUGCACGAAAAGUAGAGCAUCCGUUUUUGUCGUUUCGAAGUAACUUAGCUUUCACAUCGCCCUGUGCAGUGUGGCCAGAGUACUCAAGAACACAUGGAAAUAAUACGUUGCACUUCUAGAUGUAAAAAUAAAAAAUAAUAUCCAUAUCCAACUCGUCUUUAUUCUGUAGCGCAAUUUCGACUGAAUCGGAAGCUCAAACAUCUACUAUUUCAAGUUUCGCUCUACCCUUUCGUGCAAUGCACGUAAUAAGCACUCAUCUUUGUAGUUUGACUGAUUUUUACAUUUUUCUUUCUCAGACGAUCAAUACAGUUUCGAUUUCAAACCUAUAUAACAAAUGCAAGUACAACUACGUACUCAAAUCAGCUCUUUGUCAACAUAAUUGAUAGUCCGCGUCCAGAAGAGGAAGGGCAUCAGUAUGAGCAGUUCACAUUCCCUCCUUCUUGCACAGACAAAAUUUAACGACUUCAUGGAUAUUACCCAAAUUCUUUGUGUUGCUGACGCACAAAGCAUGAUAGAAAAUGUCAUAUUUACUACGUCGAAACAAUUCGAUUCAUUUUCCUGUCAUAUUUGCAGGUGUAGACUACAACUCAGCGACCUGCUGGUUGAUGUUUACACUACCGUUACCGAUUUUUUCAAGAGUCCAACAUGCAACAUAUCACCAAGCUUUGUAACACUGUACAGAUUUGGAGACAAGUACUGACUGAUAAACGAAAAAACUUGUA